ACCAGAACCCUAAAUCUCUGUGGAGCAAAAAGAAAAAAAAAACACAGAGCUUCAAGCUCGAACGCCUCCAAUUUGACCGAGAGGGAACAUCACAAGGGGAAGACUGUAAAGACGUGUUCCCGAGAAGAUAAAGGGCAACUGUGUCCUUACUCGAAAACAGUUGACUCCGAGAAGUUGAGAGAAAGAGAUGAAGAGAAAGAUAGCUAUAGGUUUCGAGGGUUCAGCCAACAAGAUCGGCGUCGGAAUCGUAACGCUAGACGGCACAAUCCUAGCCAACCCUCGCCACACGUACAUAACCCCACCUGGUCACGGCUUCCUCCCUAGAGAGACUGCCCAUCACCAUCUCGACCACGUUCUUCCCCUAGUCAAAUCAGCUCUAGAAACCUCCAAAAUCACCCCGGAAGAAAUCGACUGCAUCUGCUACACCAGAGGCCCCGGGAUGGGCGCUCCCUUGCAAGUCUCGGCCAUCGUCGUCAGGGUGCUGUCCCAGCUCUGGAAGAAGCCUCUCGUCGGUGUGAAUCACUGCGUGGCUCACAUCGAGAUGGGGAGGGUUGUUACUGGUGCUGAUGAUCCUGUUGUUUUGUAUGUGAGCGGUGGGAACACUCAGGUGAUUGCUUAUAGUGAAGGGAGGUAUAGGAUUUUCGGUGAGACUAUUGAUAUCGCUGUUGGUAAUUGCUUGGACCGGUUCGCGAGGGUGUUGAAUCUGUCUAAUGAUCCGAGUCCUGGUUAUAACAUCGAGCAGCUUGCGAAGAAAGGAGAGAAGUUUAUUGACCUUCCUUAUGCUGUUAAAGGUAUGGAUGUAUCGUUCAGUGGGAUCUUGAGUUAUAUCGAAACUACUGCAGAGGAGAAGCUCAAGAACAACGAGUGCACACCAGCUGAUUUGUGCUACUCCCUUCAAGAGACGUUGUUUGCGAUGUUGGUUGAGAUAACGGAACGAGCGAUGGCUCAUUGUGACAAGAAAGACGUUUUGAUAGUUGGUGGAGUUGGGUGUAACGAGCGUUUGCAGGAUAUGAUGAGGACUAUGUGCUCUGAGCGUGACGGUAGGCUUUUUGCGACGGAUGACCGUUACUGCAUCGAUAACGGAGCCAUGAUUGCUUACACGGGUCUGCUCGCGUUUGUUAACGGUAUUGAAACGCCGUUGGAAGACUCUACCUUUACGCAGCGGUUUCGCACGGACGAGGUUCAUGCGGUGUGGCGAGAGAAGGAAGAUUUGGUACUUGGAGAUAAGAACGUGGCUGAUUAGUGAUUGUGUACCCCAUUUAUUUGUAUUUUUUUCGAUUAUGGUGACAUGUUAUGAAUGUUUUUGAUCAAAAAAAAAAAGUGACAUGUUAUGAAUGUUAUAUGAACUUAUGAUCGUUUCUUUUGUUUUUAAUGACACUUCUAGAUUGUUGUUACGCUUUUCAAAUUUCAAUGUUAGUUGGCAAGUA